AUGAAUACGGGUGAAGAUGAGCCAUCAUCUAGUUUAAACGGAAGAUUGAGGCCACGAAAGUCCAACAAUGCCAGUUCCCAAACGUAUAAAGUCUUGCGUAAAGCAGACGGUAAAUCUUUCGCAGAUAAACCUAAACGGACCAGCACUCCUACCAAAGUGUCGCCAAACAAAUCGGAUGAUCUCGUUAACAAGUCUGAUAACACGCCAGUUCUGCAACUUCUUUGCCCAUAUUGUGACAAAAAAUUCACAUCUAGACUGACUGCAUCCAAGCAUGCUCGACGUAUUCACAUGUCGCCUUUAAAACAAGAUUUUCUUAUUGAUUGCCUUUUCUGUAACCAUUCAGAAUCAGAAUCGAAUGAUAUCAUUCGGCACAUGGUGGAUAGUCAUCCUAAUCAGUACUUCGCUUGCCUUGAUUGUCAAACCCGUUUUUCGUCCACGUCGGAUCUGGCUGAGCACAAGCUUAAUGUUUGUGAAAAUCAAAAGCUACCAUAUCGAAGUAAACUGCGGCAGAAGUCAUCAGACAUCAAAAAGAACCAAAAAACACUUGGUGUCGAUGGAAAGGAUAAUUUUCGGAAUGAAAAAGAAUUGGACGGACAUGGCUUUAACGGCAUUGUUAUCUCUUGUGAGCUCAAACCAGCCCACGUGCAUGAUGAUGCCGACAUUGAAGAUAAUAUAACAACAAAUUUAAUUAUGCCUUCGGGCAAGGGAAUUGGUAAUAACGCAGUAAUUGAGAAGAACGCAGUUAUAGUAUUAGAUGAUAUACAGUGGAAUAAACGUAUACCAUCAAAUUUUUCAUUCCACAAUACAGAUGCUGAUCAAAUUUUAUCUAGGCUAGGUGUGGUACACAGAUCCCCCAGGACUGGAGAAUCUACUAAAAAAGAUUGGCUUAAAACUGCUGACGAUACAACACAAAAAUUUGAAAAGUGUUUUGACAAAAGUUUUUAUACAAAAGUUGCCAGUAAUGUACAAGAAAAUUUGUCAAAAUAUCUUGAUGGAUCGUUUAAUGCUAACCCUGAUCGUGAUACCACCAUAAAAACAAGAAAAGCCAAAAAUUGUGUGGCUAUUAAUACAGUAGAAGGAUUUCCAAUUCUUCUAGCUUGUGAACAGUACUCUCGAAAUUUAUUUGAUAGUUACAUGCCGCGGGCUGUUGCACCCAAACACAAAUGGAAGUGGGACAGUCCAGAAAACGAUAGGUCUAUAAUCAAUCCUGAACAAAUCAAACGUGAUUCUCAUUUAAAUAAUUGUAUAAUAACAUUGGUGUCUAGCUUAGACAUCUGGACCCAAUUAAGUAUGAGACGAAAAUUUGAAGAUAAGUUUAAUAGUUUACCUUUAGGAAAAAAGACUGAGAAACAAAAUACUAUCAGUAAGGAGUUGAAAGAAAUACUCGAAAGUAGAGAUAUACCAACAUCAUCUUCACAAGUUGCAAAAUACACCAGUAAAGCUGUCAGUUCAAGCGAAGGACUUGAUUUUCCCGCUUUAUUAGGGCUAACACCGGCAGCUCCUUCAUAUGAUUUGCAACCAGCGGUGCUAAGUGGCGAAUGGGUGAGGCCCCGUUGCUAUGUUUGCUGUGCUUGUGGUGCUCAGACGCGUGAUUCCCGAGCUUUAUCUUCUCAUAUUUCUGCACAACAUCCUAAUGCAUAUGUACAACAUUACGAAAUUGUAGGAGAACCUUUACUAAAUGCAGAUAUACUUAAACAUUUGUACUUGCCUCCAAGCCAAAAUCUUAAUAGAACUCGACCACUAAGGGGGAUUAGAGAGUGCACAAAAUGCAAGAAAUCUGUUACUCUUGAAGAAUUACACCAACAUAUGUUAGAUUGCGCGGGAGACACUCCGACUGUACGGAGAAAAUGCCGCUACCGACCCUUCGGCGUUCGCAAACGUCGUCCACGGCUUCCGGACAAUAGAAUUCGAAAAAAAAUGCGUAAAGAUAUAAGGACAGGACAAGCAAAUGACAAAAAUCAUAUGAGGUCUCGACCAAGAAUAAGAUCUGAAGUUGGCGAUGCUGAGACUAUACGCAAAAUGAUAGCUGAUCUACCAGCUAAGCGUCAUCGGGUUAUGGUCAAUCCAUUGAAUGCACUGCCACGUAAAAAACUUGAUGGAAAAAGAAAUAAAUUAAUCAUGAAGAAACUUUCCUUAGGCGAUCAAAAGAAAAGGAAUACUAGUGGAGAAUCGCCCAGUUCUGAACGCAGUAAAGCUUUUUCCAAUAUGAAGCAUAAACAAUGCGCUUUAAAUAAUGAUGAAGAGGACGAUGAAGAUGAUAAUUUACCCUUACGACCUAAAACCAAUUUCGAAAAUAAAAUCUCACGCCAGAAAAAAUCUUUAAACAAAAAAGCAAUUAUGAAUCGGUCUAAAAGAAAACCAAUUAAGGAAAUGAAGAUAAUUAUUGAAAAAUCUAAUGAUGUCGACUGCACAGAGAGUAACCAACCUGAGCAACUGUCAAUUGAUAAUACUCCGCAAAGGAUAGAUGUAAACGUAGGUCCGUGUAACGUUAGGGAACAUUCAAGCCAAGGAGGAUCUAAUAACAGAGAUGAUCAGCAACCAGGUUGUAGUCAACCGAAUGGAAAUUUAAGUAAUUCUACUGCCCCAACUCAAAAUGUUCCUCUUAAACAUUCAAUUGCUCGUUUGACCGCUGAUUCUGAGACUCAUGAUAAAUCGGUACAAUUUCAUCGUCUUUUUCUUGUUCAACAAGAAUGCAAUAAUAUAGACCAACAUUUACCUUCAGACCGUCGUAUGCUUUUUGAAAACGAAGCAGUAGUUACUAAGCUUGACAAACCGCCUUUACACUUCAAUCAAAAAAAUAUAUUAGAGCAUGAAAAUCCUCGAAGGAACAAAUUAGGUAAGCCUCGUAAAGGAUUGAAUGAUUGCAUAGCAAUGUUAAAAAAUAAGUUAACGCCAGCAAAUCACGGUGACGUACCUGGACAUGUUUCUGUUCAAUGUGGCAGUGAUGACCCGAUUGAGCCAGAACCAAUAAUAAUGGAGAAAAAGUCAACCAUAAUAGAUCCAAAUCCUAACAUUGUAAAGAAAUCUACCGAUUCCGUAAUAUUGUCACAAGUUCCGAUACAGAGCAAUGCAUUAGAACAAGUAAAUGUUGAACAAUUAAAAUCUAAUGAAUCUGAUUGCGAUGUAACAUCUCGAGACAUUAUUACUACAAGUGAUGAAAAUAACGAUGAAUUAAUAUUUAGUAAAAGCACUCUGGAGUCGGAACAAACAAAUCAAGAUAAAGACAUAGAGAUAAACGAACAAGACGAUACAGUUUCGAUAUGUGCAUCGACUACACAGAUUCAUAUGCGACUAGAAAAUGAAAGUGCACAUAAUUUUGUACCUUUAGCACCACCAAGAAAUACAGUUAUUAGAAAAUCUCCAAAAAUAUCAGUUAAUUCUGCUGCUUACGAAGAUGAACCAAAAAUCAAGUAUAAAGAUUCUGCUGCUGAGGCAACGGACAGUAUUAAGAAAAAUUGUAAGACACAAAUUGUGAAUGAUGUCAAUUUACUGAGGGAAUCAUCACCAAAAGUAUCGCCAGACGUUUCCUUCGAAUGUAGUAAUACACAACCACGACCAAUGAACGCUCAAGUUCAAAAUGAUUUAACCACCAAUAAUAAUUUACUUGGAUUGACUUCUUUAAAUACUUAUUCCUCGGAUUUAAAUUCUCAUGUGAAGCCAAAUAACCAGGAAAAUGAAUGUUUUUCAUCGAAAGAAGUAAAUAUACAACAAAAUCAUAAUAUAUCUUGUAAAAUUAGUCUGGAAUAUUCUCCUACUGACUUUCAAGAUAUUCCAAUCGCAAUUCCUCCUGCUCAUGCAAGUACGAAUGUAGAGUCAAUUUUAUCGACACCCUUAGAUUUAUCUGGAAAAAAUAAUCAUAUGGAUGAUUCAGAAAAUCCUUCUAAUGAGGAAGUUUCUUUUAUUUUAAAUGCUUACGAAAGUUAUGAGACAUUAGAUCUAUCUAACAAAAAUGUAUGUGUUGCUGAAUCCCUUAAAGGCAAUGUUAUUUCGGAGAUGGAUCCGCCUACGGAUGUUAUUGUAGACUUAAGCAUUAAACCAACACCCCAAUAUUCUCAAGCAAUUCCCGCAAAUUUGUGUACAAAACGUGCAAUUAUUAAUGCCACUCCAUCACCAUCAGAUUUAUCAUAUGAAAAUGUUCCUACAGAUUUAUCGGUUAAGAAAGUCGGAAGAACUACUUCCGUUGACUUAAUUCAAAAGCGAUCUGAAACUAAUUUUGUUCAUGAUUUAUCUAAUCAUAAAUCGAAGCAAAGGGAAGCAUUUCAAGAUUGUUUCGCUGAAACUGAAUUUGACAAUAAUGAUAUGCCGACUGAUUUAUCCGGUAAAACUUUAAAUGACAAAUCUUCAGUAAUAGACGUUUCUUCACGGGAAACUGAAUCGAAAACAAAAAGUAGAGAAACUAAAGGUGUUGCUCAAAUUGGACUAACACAAAAAUCUACUCAGAUUAUUAGAAAUGCUCGUGAAAAUAUUGCAACGGAACGUAUAAUAGAUGUUACUCCACCUCUUACUGAGAAUAUUUGCGAAGUUAAUGAUAUAAAAAUACUAGAAAAUCGUGCUACACAUUGUUUACCAUUAAUGAGUGAUAACGAUUCUAUUAGCCCUUUAAAACGGCAUUUUCAAAUGACCCCAAAUACGUAUAACACUUCGGACUCCAAACACGUAACUAUUAUAGAGGAAACAGACAACGGUGACAGCAUAAUUGCCACUGAAACAGUGUCAAAUAAGUCUUUGGUUGAUAAAGUUGUGGUAACACAAGAAAAGUUAUUUAGCGAAAUUGAAAGACCUAUUUUAAGUGUUGCAGGUUGUACUAUCGGUAACACAGUACCUCUCUAUACUUUGAUAAAUCGAAACAUCGCUACACACCUGGAAAGUACUACCCCAGUGUAUACAUUGGCCAAUGCUUGCAUAUCUGUGACUAAAAUUGAUACUUCUAGUUCAGCAACUUUGACAAAGGCUUUGUUAAGCAUUCCUGGAACGGCAUUAGCUAGUACAAAGCCUGUUUACACUCUAGCAGGUACUACAGUUGAUGCAUCAGUUAAUUACGGUAGUGUUUCCUUUCCUAAUCAGAUCAAUAGCGGAAGCCCUAAUAUAAAUGAACAUUCACAUAAUAUCCCAGAUAAUGAGUCAUCUGUCAAUGAAACAUCCGAGAUGAGAGGUUUUGAGAGUAAUUCUACUCAAUCCAGUAACAUAUUAAAAGAAACUUAUGAUCUUACUAAAGAAGAAAUAAUUGAUUGUGAUUUGGAAGAGGACACUGAAACAGCAAGGAAAAUUGCAAUGUUGCCCAGAGAAUUAGUAGAAAUUUUAGGUACCAUGCCAGUUGACCAUAGAAAUCAAUUAUUAAACGUUCUACCGCACUAUGUAUCAACUUCAGCUUCCCUUGCAGCAUCGGAUACACAAUCGCAUUUAAAAAACAGUUCAAGAUCAGAAUCCGUAGGAUCACCGUCACCAUUGAUGCAAGACAACUUAACAAUAGAGCAAAACUAUAAUAAAGAAACACCAAUAAAGAAAAACAAUGACCCAGUUCCAGCAAAUUUACAGGAACUAAAGAAUAUUCCUGUUAGCAUGGUUGGGUCAACAUCAGCUUCUCCAAACGUUUUACCCGUAUCUACUCCACAGUCUGUUAUUCUUAAAACUCCUACAUUUGGAGACGAACAUAAAAUAAGAAAAUCUCAUAAUGAAUAUUCACCUUUGAGCACUACAGCAACGAAUCGUGUUGUAAACCAUCGGCCAAAAUUAAUUCCAUCAGAAGUAAUUCAGAAUGCUAUCAUAGACUUAACGGACGAUGAAAAUGGGCUUCAAGUUCAAGAUGACGUGCAGAUUAUUGAAGAUGAUUUAAGUGAAGUAAGUAAAGAAUUAAAUCUAAAUUUAGACGGUAACUCAAAGUCACCUAAACAAAAGGGUAUAAGCGAUCAAACUGCAAGCUUAAGGGCAGUGCGUAUUAAAACCCCGUCUGAACGAAAUAAACAAACGGUCCCAGAAAACCCUUUGGAAACGCAAAAUUAUUAUAAUACUUCCAUUACUGAUCUUUCUGAUCAAUGUGAGGAUAGCAAUAACGACAAAAAUAUUGACAUGAGGAAACAUGGUAAUGAAGCCGAGAAUAAAUCAUCAAUAACAAAUACACCACUGAAAAUUAGUGUGAGUGAAAUGAGAACAUUUGAUCCAAAUCAAACACGUGCUUCUGUGUUUGCUACGGAAAAAGUUCAGGCUGCUAAUUACCAAGAAGUUCUAAUUGAGAGUACGUCAUCAAAAUCUACAAUUAUUAUGUCGCCAAAUGCAACUGAAAAGAAAUUUAACAAAUAUCAAGACAAAAUAAUUGAUGAAAGAUAUGAUAUAAUUAAAAUGAACAGAGAGCCUAAUGAUCCAUCUGCGAAUCUAUUCCAGAAUGCAGGUGAUAAAGAAGUGAUUAAUUUAGAUAUCAACGACAUAAAUGAAUCUCGCACUUGUCAUGUUUCUGAAGCUACACCACUUGCCAAAUCCCGACUCUGUGUGGACCAUCGUCAUUCACUCACACGAAAGUUUAAGGAAAAUAGUGAUGAGGAUUCUGAUGAUGAUGAUGUGUCUUUGGCAGUUAUAGUAAAACAAAAGCAGCGUGAUCAAUCAAAAUUAUCAUCUGUUUGUGAUAAAUCUACGCGUACACCAAUUGAUCCCACUACUGACAGUAAGAAUAGAAAAAAAGAAAAAAGAAACAGAAAGUCUGAUCCAAAAAAUAAUGACAACGAAAUGUUACUAAAAACAAACAUGGAAAAUACGUCAAAUAAUUCAGAUGAAUUGAUCACAAAUUGUGUAGAAAUCGAUGGUACGACGCUUCGUAAAAACUGUUUGAAUUUAGGUUCCGAUGAAAAUGGUAAGUUACAGAUUGAAGUUACGGACAAUAUACAUAAAAGAAAAACAAGAAAAGGACGACUUGAGAUUUCAGUUACGAAAUCAGAGUUAACAGAUAAGUCCUCUAAAAACAAAUCAAAUUCAUCAGAUGGAAUUGACGUUAUACCAGAAAACAAUAAAACUUCUAAAAACAGGAAUAGUAAAAUAAAAAACGUUGAAGUAAUUAUUAAAUCUAAAACUUCUCAAACGUUUCUUUCUAAAAAUAUGGAUAGUGAUAGUAAUGAAAUUGUUGUAAAUAAUGGCGUUCAUAAUAAAUGUAGUUUUGAUAACCUUACAGACACUUUUGAAAUAAAGGAUGACUUAAAACGAUGUCAAACAACAAAAACAGUCGAAGAACACCAAUCGCCUAGUGUUAUUUAUGACUGUAUAAAUUCAAACGAAAACACGACCAAAGAAAAUUUACAAAAAACAAAUCGAAGUUUAGUUAAAGAAAUAACUCACAAACAACAGAAAGACAUUGAUAGUAAAGCAUCGUUUGUUGCUCAUGAGUGCUGUCAAAUUAAUCUUUUAAUACAACCUAGAAUAAUUGAGUCAGUCGAAUCAAUGAAUUCAGAAUCGGAUCCUUCAUCGGUUAGUACAAAUAAUGAUAAUAGUUGUCUUGAUGACCAUCAUCAUGAUGCAAGUUAUAAUGAAAUAACCGACAUAGAUCUAACAAAGAAGAAAGCGGUACGUAUGAAAAAACAUAAAAAUAUUGAUGCUACAGGACCAAUUAUGUCACAAAGAGUAUUGGUUGAAAAUGAAGAAAGUAUUACAACCCCUUUGCGACGAAGUCGCCGUGGUAAAUCAUUAUUUGUGGAAAGUAAUUUUGCAGAUACUAAAACUUCAAACCAAAGUUGUACUUCCGCUGAACUAAAAACUCCGCUUACUAAAAAACAGCUUAUUUUUUCGAAACUGCUAUUAGAUGAAGAUAAUCUUACGAAACCUAUCACGUUGACAGAAAAAGAACCAAUUGUAAUUAUUAAAAAUGUUAAGAUAAAUUCCCAUGUAACGUCUUCAGUUUUCCAUGGAAAUAAUAAUGAUAAAAAAUCACAAGAUUCUAUUAGUAAUGAAUCGAAACACAGUAAAGCUUCUAAAAGAAAAAAAUCUCCACAGAUAAAACGAAAAACGAAAAAAAUUAAAACAACAGAUAAUCUACGCGUUGAAAAUAUAUGUUUAUCGCCUGUAACAAAAAACAAUGAAACUGAAAUCAAUAGUAAACCAGAAAAAAAUAAUCAUGAUAUGGAGGAUAAUCAACUUAAAUCAACAAAUGAGACGUGUAUAGAAAAUACUCAAAUACUGACUGUACUAAAUCAAGAUUGUAUAGUUCUCAAGCAGAACGUAAAAAAAGUGGAAUGUGACAACAAUGAUGCGGUUAAUACAAGUUCAUGUAAUAACCAAGAUCUCAGUCAUGUUGGACACCUCAAUAGUAAUACCAAAACAAAUUUUACCCAAAAACGGAAAAUUUGCUGUACACUAACUAGUGCCGACAUCAUUCCCACAUCUAAAAAAUCUAAAUUCAAUAAUGAACUUGAAAGCGUAUCGAAAUCUAGUGAAAAAAAGGACAAACAGGACAAUGGUGAAGAAAAUUUAAGAAGAAGUAGAGCCAGGAACCCAGUAACAGAAUUACGUAAUAAAACAUGUUAUAACUCGCAUAUUGCCGCUAGGCGAACCCGAUCAAAAUCGGUUGUUGUUAAAUCAAGUACAUCAUUAUAUGAUCCUUAUGAUAUAGACUUAGAAGAGAUGAUUGAUAAGACUGAACCUUUUGGAAGAAGAUUAACGUCUUCGGAAAAAGUUUUUAAUAAUUUAGGAUUCCUCAGAGAUCACGAUUUCAAAAAGAGAAAUAAAAGUGAGACUUCAGUUGGAGUUAACACAGAGCCAAUUAGUAAUGGAGAUAAUAUAGAACCAGUUCAAAUUCAAAAUAAAACCGAUGACAAAUUCAAAGGAAAUAUGAGCGAUUCAGAUGAUUCUACUAAAAGUGAUAUACCCUUGCAAAAAUACGUAGAAGAAAAAGAAAAAAAGAAUUUAGAGUCAAAUUUUAAUGAUAAAAUUCCAGAAGCAGGAUCUGCUAGCGGGAACAAUGAAGCAAUAAUCUGUGAAAAGGAUAUCGAUUCAAAAGAUACAAAAAAGAACGAUGGAAUGGGCAGUACAGAGCAAGAGUCUGAACAACAUUUAAGGUCAGAACAGUUUAUGGAAAGUUUCGGUUUCUUUUCUGAAAGAAAACCUAGAAAAUCAAAUUUACUGGCUACGAAAAAAAUUUCUGAAACAUUCCACAUAAUAGCAAAUGAAUCUGAUGACGUGAACUUAGACUCUAAAGAGGGAACAAAUAAAAAGGCAGCAGAAACUGAAUCCAAAACUUCAAAUGAAGAUGAAAGUAGUAGAGAUUCAUCACAGUCUCCAACAAAAAAAGGUACAAAACGAGGUCGUAAAAAGACGAUUUGCAUGAAACCCAUUCCAAGACAUUGUCUUAUUUGCAAAAAAGAAUUUAGACGUCCCGAUAAUUAUCUGAGGCAUCAAAUGACGUUACUUCAUAUUUCUAAGUUAUCAGAAAUUGAAAUGAAAGUAGAAACAACGCCUGUUUACGAAGAGCCUAAUUACCUUAUAGCAUAUAAGCAGCAAUUGGAUCGCCUGCGACACUUAACUGAAAAAAUGGCAAAACGUAAGAAUAGCUCUAAGUCAACGUCCAAAAUUACUUUGCCAACUUUAGAUGAAAUUCUGGCCGACGUUAAUAGAACUGUUAGAGAACAGCAAUUAUCGCGCCGAAAUCUUAGCCGAGAUGAAGCUCUAUUUCUAGAUUGUUGUGAACUCUUAAAAGAGUCUCAUAAACCUGAGAUACCAAACACCGAUCAAGUUACUAUAACAAGUGAUGUAAAUAACGUUUUAACAUCACAGGUUACUGUUAAUGAGAUUAGUGGUUUAGAAAAAAGCGAUGAAAAGUAUGACACCAGAAGCGAUGGUGAUGUAGAUUCAAUUACAGCCAAAAAUAUUUUGGAAAGUGAAGAAGUACGAAAUUUGGAAAAUGAUUUAAUCUCAGGCUUAAAAGAAGCUGCAGCGAACUCUCUCACGCAAGCUGGGAAUAGUCUCGGGUAUCAACCUACUAUAAGUGAAGUUAAUCCAGAUCAAAAUAUAAAAACAAAUGACAUCUCAAAUCUAUCUGUUACCGUAUCAAGUCAUAAAUCUGUAAAAUGUUGUGAACAACCUGUGGAUGAGCUCACUACUUCCAAAACUAAGAAAAAUAAUGACGUUAAGGAUAAAAUGUAUCCAGAUGUGAUCGAUACAAUAGAUAUGUUUGAAGAUAAAUUUGACAAAAUUAAAAGAAAAUGCAGGUCUCAAGCUGCAGCCGCUAAACACGUUCAGCCUGUAGUGGAGUCAAGUUCAAGCCCCAAGGGACGCAAAAAAUCAGAGAAGAAAAAAGGUAAAAGAAGUUCCAAGAAAAACUAUCAAAAUGCAUUACUUACCAAGGGGGCACUAAAAGGAUUUGACGGUAUUAAAGUAUCUAUUCCGACAUCUGAUAUUAAUAUGGCAGCGAUUGUCCCGUCUAUUGAAGGCUCUUCAAAGACAAAGAAGAAAAGCAAUCCCAAGAAGAAAACAGAUAAAAUAGAUGUUGAAAUAAACAAUAAAAGCAGUACGGAUCAUAAACCCAAAACUACCCCCCAGAAGGUUGACGUUUACGAAUUUAUGGAUAAUGAAGAUGCUGAGUUGUUUGAAUUUAGACCAUCAACUGUAAUGGAAAGAUUUAAAACUAUAAACAGUCGGGAUGCACCAAGCACUUCUAAAUUUAUCCCACAUGCUGAAAAAGAUGAUUUCUCGAGUGAGAGUGGCUCUGACGGCGAUGAUUUUGUUUACGACGAUUACGUAUGUAGUGAUGAUGAGACUGAAAAUAGCUUGAUGUCGUGUGAAUUAGGAAAUGGAAAAGUAGCAACUGAAUCUAAAAAACCUGCUUCAUCACUAAAGCGUAAAGAUGCUGUUGAAAAAAAUGCUGUCAUGGGUAAAAUAUUUAAAUAUAAUGCUGUUCGUACGGAGAAAAAAAGUAGCAAAACUAAGGAACUAGUUAAAGCAAAAGCUAAUCUCGAUCAAUUGUUUGACAGUUUACUUGAAGAUGAGCCCGGCCCUUCUUCGUCAAAUAAUUCGUCAUAUAAAAAAGAAGAAAGUAUAUCCCCAAAGAUAAAUGAAUCUGUGUCUUUACGAAAGUGCAAUGCAACAACUUUUAAACAAGACUCGAGAAAAUCUCACAGUUCUAAGUCUUUAAGUAAAAAUGACUCUCUAUUUAGUACUAAAAGACGCGAUAGCCCCUCAGAACAUAUCAAUUCCGAUAGUAAACCGUCGACGUCUAAGAAAAACAAUUUAACUGCGGCUGGAGAUUAUUACCGAUCAUCCCCAAAAAAACAUGUUUCCAGCAAGCAUAAUGCUACGACAUCAAUGGAAUGUGAACCGUCAACGUCCAAAAAAAGUGACGAAGGGCGUCAUUCAUCAAAAAGAAUCAUAACUUCUUCAUCUAAAGACUAUCCAAAUUCUACGCAGAAGAGAUUUGAAAAUUCGUCGCCUAAAAAGUAUGACAGUGAUUCUCCAACUUAUUGCGAUAUUUCUUUACCAAGUUGUUCAAAGGAUAUAUUUAGAGAAAAAUCUCCAUCACGACAAUUAGAAAAAGGCAUAUACACCAAUUUUGACUAUACGGUGGACACUUUGGACGACGCAAUAUCCGAUGAUGCUGGAGUAGCUCGACAAAGAGCUCGUAGAAAAUGCACUGUUGGCAAGCAAAAUGUUCUAGCCGAGACUUGGAGUUCAGAAUCAGAACCCGACGGUGUUCCGCCGCGGCCUAAUAGCGCUGAGUCUGUUGUAUCUGUGGUCGGGCGCAAAAAAAGGGGUAAGAAAAAAGAAGGGCAGCCAUGCGGAGUGCGCAGGGGAGUGAGCCGUCAGAUGCCCAUUAAGAGGCAGGAUGUCGAAAGUAGGGUAGCUCUAUUCAAUCGCAGCGCCUCAAGUGCAAGCGGCAGUAGUGGUAGUAGUGGAUAUAGUCGAGCUAGCAGUAGCGCUACAUCCGCAGGUACGCCCUCCACGUCAACUGGUGGUGUGACUUCAACCAGUUCUCACGUGCCAUUGGGGCCACCUGGUCCCAAAGUCCGCCCCCGCUCCUCUUCUUAUUACUGUUUAUCGGAGGGAGACGAAGAGCAGGAACAUAUCCAGCAGCACGGCUGGAUCGUAGGCGACAGCCAUAAAAAAUUAGUAACCAUGUUAGCGCACGCCAAGAGACGAAAGCGUAACAAUGAUGAAAAACGUCAUGUGGUCGAGUAA